AUGGAAACAAAGGAUGCUUCGAGAUCCAAAUUUAAAGAAGGUGGCGAAUCUGCAGGGACUACAGGAGCAUCUGCCUUCAACUCAAAUUCUUUGCCAACUGUACCGAAUGGAGAUCCAAUGUCCGGGUAUGCACCAAGUAACAACUCCGUAAACAGCACAGACAAUGCGCAAGUGGAGACGCACAAGAGCAACGCUGAUGCAAAUGAAACACUUAACCUCAAGCGGAGAGUACAAGAAUUGGAGAAGCAGUUGAGAGCCGAGCAGUUAUCCAAAUGGAACAGAACAAAUUCAAUCACAGCUCCAACCUUGCAAAGGACGGGUACACUAUUGCCUGGUCAUAUCAACUUCAACUACAGCUUCACGGAUGAUGAGCCUUUACCUUUGUCAAAUAGACCCUUCCCAUUCAUGCUUUCAAUGAGGCGCGAGGGCGGUUCAAAAUUGUUGUACAACCUUUUGGCAAGAGAUGGCAAGAGAGACGGGCACUUGUUCACGUCGUCCCUCAUGCUUUCCGAGCUUGAUCCGUCAAGACUGAACAUGCUCAAAGAAAAGGCUCGAAUAUCGUUAGGCGAUUUUUACAUUCCGUGCCCCGGUGACCUGACUUUAAACACAGAAGAGUUGAAACGGAAGAUCGCCUUGAACCACUUUGGAUUGACGUUUGUUACUCCUCAAGUUGACUUGAGAGACCCUAUAGCUGGUUACUUUAGCUUGAUACCACCGGCAUGGGUGUGUAAAAAAUUACUCGACAUUUUUUUCAAAGAGCUCUAUGUAUUGAUUCCAAUUAUCGACGAGCAAGACUUUAGAGCAGCAUUGAGUAGAAUUUUGGGACCACAGCUCGAAGAAAAUUACAUCAACACCUUUCCCAAUGUGGACUCCGCUGAUGAUUUAGCCAUUUUGGUCAUGCACUUGAUUAUAUUAAGAAUCCUGUACCUUUCGUUAUUGGACUUGCAUGGCAAUAGUCGAUCAUUAUUGGUUCGAUACCCUGUUACAUUUGAUGCAUUCAGAGCGGCAGAUACUAUCAUGAAAGAGUUUGAUUUUUCCUGUCUGCAAAGCUUGACUGUACUACAAGCUGGAAUCAUAAUUAGAACUUAUGCAAUAGUUGCUCCAGAGGCACAACUCACUGGAAGAGUUGCACAGGUCAAACAAGGAACUAUUACCGAACUUUGCUACGCCCUUUCGUUGAACCGCGAUCCUUCGUGUUUCCCGGAGCAGUCUCCAAAAAUGCAAAACUUACGCCGCAAGAUAUGGCACUAUGUUGCCCGUAUGGACAUUAGCUCUUCAGUAAUCUAUGGAACUGUUUUGUCAACGGAUGCACACACGUAUGACUGCCAAUUGCCUCGGUUUCUGGUUGAGUCAGCAAACUGCUAUGAUCUUAAUAUUGAACAGCAGAUUAUUGAGUCGUUUCGUAGAUCAUAUGAUGUAUUUCAGAUCGGCAGAAAAUUGGCAGAAUAUCAUUUGCUUGCUAGUGAGACUUUUCCAAUUGAACAAGUGAUUAAGGUGCUAGAUAAUUUAGAGACAAGUCUCACCGACACAUGUGGGAACGUGAAACCGUUGUUAAGUAAACAAGUUGAAAACAUUCUGAGUGUAACAACAAUGCUUGUUUAUGUGCAAAUGAAACUUUUCAUGGCUUACACAUAUUAUUGUAUACACCUUUACUAUGAAAGUCAACUGAAUCAACACUUGCUGUCAAAGUACUUUCUCAAAACCACGAGCAUCUUGCUACAAGACUUGGGUGAUUUGAACAUGUUUGUUUUCCAACCCAAUUCGUCAUUGAAUUUACAAACUACAGGGAGAUUAACGGAGUUUUACUUACAUCUUAGUUUGAUGAUAUUUACAGGUAUUCGUUUAAGGCUAAAGUGCUACAUGCGCAUUAAGUUUCCAGCAAGGGAGACUACCGAGAGAGACCUCGAGCAUGAAAUACUUUAUCAGUUGGAGGAGAAUUUAAAAUUGUACACGCACGAGCAAGCAAUUAAACUUGGGUAUUUGGCGAGCAAGUUCAGGUAUUCAUUGAUGUUGAGAGGAAUACAUAUGAUCACCAUCAAAUUAUGUGAUCAAUUCCAGUAUUUGUGCGAUGCCAACACUGGGCAAGCCAUCAAAGACGCCGCCAUCAAGUUACCCCUCGAUGUUUUGCAAAAAUUUGGUCAAAAACUUGAUAUUUACAAAUUGCCCAAAACUAAUGAGUUAUUUGACUUCAGUGAUGAAGGUUUGAUUGCGGAAAUGAACAGACAAAACUUUUGGGAUCAAUUCAAUGUGAUUGAAAACGAGGAGACUGUAACCAGUGCGUGGAUUGAAAAGACAAAGAAAUUCAACAGGUUUGCAGACGAGAUGAGGCUCGGAUUCAAUUACAACCUUGGAUUUGAUUUGCCUACCCAUGAACUAAACCUUUUUUCAAGUUGA